AUGGCAAUAUCAAACACUUUUUUCAUCCAAAAUGAUAGAAAAAAUGAUGGAACGAAAAAACUACAACCUUCACAUGUAAUGGUGCCUACAGAGAGUAAUACUUUGAAAGGGAAUUAUUUGGCGAAAAGCGAACUGGUGAAAAAUUUACUUCACGAAAGUUUACAACCAUCAGACUGCUUACAAGUUUGUUUGGAUGAGGUUGUUAGUAUGUUAGAACAACCGUUUGCUGGACAACGUUCUUUUGAUGAAAUUGGUAAUAUCUGUAGCCAUUUUGAUAUAUUCCAGCGAUGCCUUCAUCAUAAUACAAGUUGCAAAGACGCACUGCUUGAUGUUACCACAAUAAUCAUCGAUCAUCUUUGCACCUUCAGCAAGGAAGCGUUUGGAGACAUUUUUCCAUGUCUGUAUGCUCAUUCAACGGUUAUUUACUUCACUUGUGAUAACCAAUGCAAGAUGGGAGAGACUCUUUCUAAGGCAUCAAAGGAGACGAAAAAUGGUGUAACAAAUAUACCUGAUGAUAAUGGAAACAAACUCUUCGAGAUUCCCAAUCUUUACAAUUUAUGCAGCUCAUCAGCAUGCUUCAUCAACUGCACCCAGCAUAUGGCUGAGAAAGAAUGUUCAAUCGGUCACUCAACCUUACUGCAUAGGAUAGUAGCAGCAGUGGUGAAUCAUACGAUAAAAAUGAUUCCAAGUCAAGAGAUGAAAUCAAGUGAUGCUUAUACUUUGCUUGUAUCCUCUAUUUUACCAAAUGAAUGCCAACGAUUAAAGCUUCUUCCACAGAAUGUGGUACCUACUAUAUUAAUGGAAAAUUUUAUCAGUAAUGCGGAAUAUGGGAGUAAAAAUAGCAUCAUCCAACAAAAGACUGAUAGUUCUGGAGAAAAUGAUGCCAUCCAAACAAUCCUCAACAAUCACGUGACAAACCGAACAAAUUCGGUUUAUGUUCAAAUAUUACCAUUAAAUGGGCAUCAAAUGAAGUUACAAUGUCAGAUGAUUGAUUUGAAAACUGGACAGGAGGCUACCAUAGCAGAUAUUACAACAUUUAUGACUACCGAAGCAAAAAAUAUUAGUCAGUUUGGUUUACGAAGUGUAGAGGAUGAGCGAAUCCUAGACAAUAAUGCGAAAUAUGAGGAUGGAUCGGGAUUACAGGAUUAUAAGACUACUGCCGCUAGAAGUGAAAUGUAUGCGAAAUCAUCCGGCAAUUCACUUCCUCACAUUUCUACUCAUAUUAUGCUUCUGAAUUUAUUGAUUAGUAUUACUUCCUGGACUUUUACUAUGGUCAAUACCCUAAGUGUACGCAAGCAUGCACUCGGUUGA